AUGCCGACCUCACUCCACCCGCAGGCCAAGUUCGACCCGAUUCCGCCGGAUCUCGACCUCAGCGCUCUGGUUGACUCAACCCCCAACUUCGAAUGGGCCCUGCGCAUCGGCGCAGAACAUAUCAAGGGUCUGUCGCCACUCGAGCUAGAGCGACUCAUCAACAUUCAGAUCCUCCAGCGCGGUAAACCCUUGGUCAUAGAGAGGUGGAAUUCGGAGCUCGAUUCUUCGCUGUUCAGUGCAGAAUGGCUCGAGCAGACCUACGACAAGCAGCAAGAGUUUGUUCGCGACAUCCCGGCCGAGACCAACAUCAAAUUCACCAUGGGCCACUAUCUGCGAUCGAUGAAAGCCCUGGCCAACCAAUACACGCCCACCAACUUCCGUGACGAGAUUAGACAGCGUCUGUACCUCAAGGAUAUUGAUUGCCCUCCCGAGUGGCACGAGCGCUUGCAGAACGUCUUGCCGCGAAACUUCUUCUAUCUAAAUGACAAGAUCGACACGAAACGUGCAGUACCAGCCGGUGAUCUGAUGAGUAGCCUGCCGGAAGAGAUGAGAGCUCAGAAUCUUAUGUGCUACAUUGGACACGAGGGCACCUACACCCCCGCGCACCGAGAGAUGUGUGGAAGUUUGGGUCAGAAUAUCAUGGUUGAGGUGUCGGGAAAUGAUGGUCAAGAGAAGCCAGGGACGUCCAUCUGGUUCAUGACGGAAACAAAAGACCGCGAGGUUGUCAGAGAGUACUUUUUGUCCAUGCUCGGCCAUGACGUUGAGAUCGAGAAGCACUUUGCCCAGAUCAACGCCUGGAAGAAGGCCACAUUUCCGGUCUACAUCGUGGAACAGAAGCUCGGGGACCUCAUCCUUAUUCCUCCCUUGGCUACUCACCAAGUGUGGAACCGCGGCACGAGGACCAUGAAAGUCGCAUGGAACCGGACCACUUGCGACACGCUCGAGUUGGCACUGCACGAGGCCCUGCCCAAAGCCCGGCUGGUGUGCCGUGAUGAGCAAUACAAGAACAAAGCCAUCAUAUACUACACCCUGCGCAAGUAUUACGACCUCCUACGUUAUAACGAUAAGUUCGACGGCCUAGGUCUGCUCGGUAUCGAGCGCGGUGAGAGCCCGGAGAAAGACCGGCUCAAGACCGACUUCCGGAAACUUUUCAGCCUCUACACCGAGAUACUCACUGACGAGAUGUUCGGCCAAAAAGAACAGAACGUCGAGUUCAUCGAGUUUGACUCCAACAUUACUUGCGCCUACUGCAGAGCCAACAUCUUCAACAGGUUCCUCACUUGCAAACACUGCGUCAGACAGCUCCUCGACGACAACAAGAACGUGAUUGAAGAUACAUACGAUAUCUGCAUGGAAUGCUACGCGAUGGGCCGCUCGUGUCUGUGCAUCUCUGGCCUAUCAUGGUGUGAGCAGUGGGAGUGGUCUGAGCUGGUCAAUACCUACGACGAGUGGCGGACGAUGGUCACCGAGAACGACGGCUUCAUCGACCUCGAAUUGACCCCUCUUCCGCUUGAGAUAGCUCGAAAGAAAUCCGGAAAGAAGUCUGUUGCACAAAUAUGCCAAGAGCAGCUGCGGCGGCGUCCUUUCCGUGACAUCACCAAGCCGGAAGAGAAGGAGGUUCUCGAACCAUCAGAGCCUGAGGUCGACGAGAACGGCCUGGUGGUUAAGAAGAAGAAGAAGAAGAAGAAGGAGAAGAAGGGCGAUGUCUAUCGAUGUCAUGUCUGCUGUCGCAAAGAUUUCACAUACAGACUGGCCUUCUGCUCCACGCCAGGUUGCACGGAGGCCUACUGCUAUGGAAAUCUUUAUCGGGGCUUUGACAUGAUGCCCCAGGACGUCAUGCAGGAGGAGAGGUGGCAGUGUCCAAAGUGCAGGGGGAUAUGCAACUGCGGCGCUUGCCGGCGAGCGGGCAACACUACUCCCUAUGUUCCAAAGAACACUCUACUCGGCCACGAUACGCGGAGCAUAGCUGACGAUCGCAGUGUCGAUGCUCUGGUCGACUUCCGAUUGCACAACCUGCGCUGGCUUAGCAAGGUCGGAGAGGAGGGUCAUAGUCAGGACACUGGUCGCAUGCAACGCCUCAGACAGCAGGCAGACGCAGAGAAGGCGAAGGAGGGACAUAUGGGAGAUGUAGUCGGUGCGGCGCUCGCUAUUGCCGAAAGCCAACAAUCUGCGUCGCAGGCCAUGGGCGGAGACUCGCAGCCAGUCACUGAUGGGCAAGCGCCGAUGGCCGAUAUGUCCCCGGCUGACGCAAUUGACCCAGCGUUGUAUAACGAGCCUGCCGCCUAUCCAGAUCCAUCAGCCUUUGGAGCAGAGCGAAUGCUUGGCUUGGGCUACUAUCAACAAGAUGACAGCCCCGACAAGAUUCUCUUCGACCCAUACCAGGAACCAGCGGCCGACGAAAUGGUUCUGGACGAAGAAUCUGAAUAUGCCAAGAAGGCCCUGCGGGCCGCAAAGAGACGUGCGAAAUUGGAGAAGCAUGACGAUCCCGACUUCAUGGCGCCAAAGUCACAUAAGAAGAAGAUCAGGAUCGAGAAGGAGGUCGACGUUGACGAGGCUAUGGACGUUGACCCGGCUCUGCUCAGCGGGGAGGCAACAAUCCCUAGUGAAUCUCAGCAACCGGAAGGAGCAGCAGCGGAUGGCGACACGGGCGAACGUGACGAAGCCAACGGCGAAGACGAAUCCGAGCAGGAGGUGACUGGCCUCUUGCCAUACGAGGCUAACAUCCCGUCCCUGCGCCAUGCCAAACCCAAAGUGUCGUAUGCCGAGGCAGACGACGGCAUCGAGGAGUUCAACGAGAUCCUGGAGAAGAGACGGCCCAAGCCUCCUCCUACCGCGGAGCCUUCCGAGCCGCGCAGCAACGAUCCUCUGGACCUAGCCUCGGAGGCGAUUCGUGCGAUUACCGGCCAGGCACGUAAGGCGACUGCCGCGGCCCAGAAGCGAGCGCCUGCGCCGAGCGCGGCGGGCCCGAAGAAACAGGUGUCCACGCCGAGUACGGGCCCGAAGAAGCGAGGACGGCCGCGCAAGUCCGACGUCGGACCGUCUACCGAUACUGGACGCGAGAAGCCAGCCACGCCGCCGUUGAGCGAGCCGCCCAAGAAACGCGGCCGGCCCCGGAAAUCGAUGCUGGCCGGAGUUGAGUCGGGCCAGUCCUCGGUGACGGUGACGGAGGAAACACCUGGCACGGGAGUCGGUCGGCCCGAACUCGAGGAUGAUGACGAUGAUAGUAUGAUCGGAGCCCUCGAGGCACAGCUUGCCGCCGAGCUCGCAGAAGAGGACAGUCGCCCAGCUCAUAAUGAAAGGCAAGAGCCGGGAGCAGUGGAUUUCCCACCUGCUGCUCCCGCUCCCAAGCGGAGGGGACGGCCCCCGAAGAACCCCGCGGCGGUGGCGGCGGCGGCGGCAGCUGCCAGCUCGGCCAGGGCUGCCUCGCCUGCCGACAUGAGCGGCUUGACUAUGGCUCAACGCGUCGCUCGGCGAGGAGGCAAGUUCAAGAUGGUCGGGCGCAAGUCGCGCGGAGGCGCCAGGAGCGGAGAGAGCACGCCGAGGGCGUCGGGCGCCAACACGCCCCAGGUGGAAGAGACGCCCGCUGCACCUGCAGCAGCUGCAGCUCGGCCAUCGCCCAGCCCCGCGGCAGAGCCUCCGAGUGCUGCUCCCGCCGAGGAGGUGGAGGAUCCGUUCGUCGAUUCGCCGAUGCCGGAUGCCGUCGACGGACCGGAGGCGCUCGAGGUCGUCUCGCCCGAAUCGGCCGCGAGUGAGCGGUCCCCAUCACCGCCACCGCCUGCGCCGCCGCCGGCUGCGGCUGCUCGCGCUGGGCCCACGGUUGUCCGCUUGGGCUCGUCCGACGAGGAGGACGGGUUGGACGGGGGCUACGGCGGGGGCUACGGCGGGGGCUACGGCGGGGGCUACGGCAGGGGCAGUGUCUCCGCGUCGGACGACGAGUCGGACUCGGACUCGGACUCGGACGACGAGGAUAUCCCGGCGAGGGUGCCAGGCGCUGCUGCCGCCGCUGCCGAGGGCGUGACGCGGGGCACUGCUAUCCGGGGUCGGGGGACGAUGGUGCGCAGUCGCGGGCGGGGACGGGGACGGGGACGGGGGAGGGGUCGUGGCCGAGGGGCGUAG